AUGGUGUCGCUGGCUACUGCAUUCUUCCUCUUCGGAGCACUCAUCAUCCAUGAAGUAUGCGGAACAACUGGGUGGUUUGGUCAUAGAGGUCAUAGCAAUCCUGAUAGAAAGAAGCACAGUUCGGAUCCGGUACUGAAAUUCGAACCUGGAGGAAAAGGCCCUAAAGACGAACACCAUGGAUCUAGAAACACGCGUUCAAUUUGGAGGACACUGUAUCAUUGGGCGGUGCAACUUUUUGGUGAAUCUCCUACCGAUCAAGAGCUUUCCGAAAGACGUAAGAAGUGGUUGGAAGAAAAGAUCCACAACAUCAGCGAGCACGGUCAAGGAUAUGGUGAUUUUGGUGGUGGGGGUUUAGCGGGCCACCACCCCGACCAUUUCUAUUAUUACGAUUAUUAUUUUGAAGGCCCCGGUGUUGAGCUAAGAUAA